AGCCAUGAAAAAUUCAAAGACCCCUCCUCCCUCCACCAGGACCCGACGCCCGACCAAAUUUCCUCCAGUCAGCGGCCCCACACCAGCUCAAGUCGAGGGUACGUACCUGCCCUGUCCAACGUCGCAUCACAGCGCGGACGAAAGUCAGGCCCAGCGUCCAAACUUCUUCCUUCACUUACAACAACUUUCACUACUUCAACCACAAAAAGGCUCAACUACACACGCCAACCGAAAUACGAGGAGUCUCUCUCUCUCUAUCCCCUUGUACGCCGACCCGACGAAGCCCAACUCCCUCCGGGCCCAUGCAAUGGGCUGACCUCCGAGGGCUGCGCAGCUCGACCCGAAGAGUUGCCCGGAUGACCACAAUCGCAGCCCGACGACGGCUCCCGCUGUUGCAGCAGCUGUCGCUCCCGCACACGACCACACCUACAAUUCGACAGUCCUUUCGAGCAGAUCACGGCCCCGGCACGCGGCUCUUCUCGACCCAACCUCAACACAGCUCCCCGGACCAAUGGGGCAAGAAGAAACCGUCAAGAAGAGAGGAGCCAAAGUCAAAGUCGCCUUCGCUAUUCGAGGAGCUAUUUCCAAACGAUGUGUCCUCCUCCUCGAAUCGACGUAACAGUGAAAAUACCAAUGGAGACAGCAAAGGCAAGGUCAAGGUCCGCUUCAUGACCUCCACCGACCCGGAAAAGUCCGAGGCGACAGAGUACAGAUUGAGACAGCUGGAGCGCAAGAACAGAUCAGGCAAGACGGGAGGCGAAGCGGCCGGCAAGAUUGCAGACUUCUUCGAGUCGCGAGCUCGGGAAAAGGAGAAAAAGGACAAGGCCGUCGACGGAGAGAGCUCCUCCAUUUUCAACGAGCUCUUCUCGGUACCGGGAUCGGGAGCGGCAGGGGCAACGGCAGGGGCAACGGCGGGAGCAGCAUUUGGGAAAGGAGGCGUUGAAGCCUUGUUGAGGAACUCCCAGGCCGAUCAGAACCUAUCCGAAGAGAAAUCUGUAGAUCACAACGACCUCCAGUCCUGGAUCGACUCGCUCCCGAAAGACGACGCCGCCGCCAACACCGCCUCCUCUGCAGCAGCGUCCCCUGAAGCGGCGGCGGCCAAGGCAGAGCGCCCAGCCAUGCUCAUUCUCUCCAACGCCAGCCCGAACCUCCUGGAGACUGACUUUUACCGCAUCGGUCCCCAAGGCCAACAUCUCGACGGCUGGAGCGCCUCCAUCCGCAAGGUGAUGCAGGCCUAUGACUACAGCACCCUGGAGCCCAUGGACCGCUACUUCAUCCUCUUCGACUCCCACACCGCGGCAGCAGCCUACCAGCGCGAAGCACAGCGCCUCCACGCCCUCGCCGGCCGCUCCCUCGCGUCCCCCGCCGCCGGUCUGACCUCAGCCGAAACAUCAUCCAUCUCAGCGCCCUCCAACACAUCAACCUUCAGCCUCGCGGCCCCAUCCAAGACGUCCUUAAGCCUUCACCUCUACAAGCUCAACCGCGCAACCGAAACCCGCCUCGAGACCUUUAGCAUCCAAGGUCUCCUAAGUAUGACACCCGAACCGCCCCCGCGCGCAAACGCCCACGUCGUCCUCUCCCUCGACGGCGGCACUCUCGAUCAGCGCAGCCUCUCCCACUGGAUCCGCCGCGACGCUCGCGACCGCAACCUGGGCUGGCCGGUGCAGCACCUGCGUGCCUACUUUGCGCCCAAGGUGGACCGCAGGACGGUGACGGCGUCAGAAUCACCCGCGGAGAGCGCGGAAGGCCUCGUGUACGACGACGUCGACGAAGCCCCGGCGGCGAUGGGGGCUGACUCGGGACGGAGAGGCACCCCCGACGCGCUGGAUGAGACGGCACCGUCUGCUCGGUUUGUGGUGUCGUUCCCGGACGUGCAUGAAGCGAGACGUUUCGUUCGCGCGUGGCACAGAAAGGAGCUCGUCCUGACAAAUGACCAGAGUGUCGUUGUGAACACGCACGUCGUAUGGUGAUGUCGCAGGUUGCAGCGACCAUCGAUGAAAGUGUAUAGUAUGGGCUCUGUUCCCUCUUGUAUGAUAUACUAGAAGCAUAUAUACCAAGAGGCUGAAACCCUCAAAUGUAGAACAUCAUCAGGCGUAUUGGGAAGCACAUGAGAAAAAAAG